AUGAUCCCCCGACCCGCACUGCAACAGCAGCUGGCUGCCCCGAUUUACUCAUCCUCGAUUAUAUCGCGUCGCCUGCUCUCCACAACCUCCCCCGCACAAGAUGCCCGCAGCGCAACGACUCCGCAGAACCCCCCGGCGAAACCUCACGCGAUCGACCCGCGAUGGCUGACCAUGAUGAAAAGGCGAGUUGGGCGAUGUAUGAUGUUUGGGCUGAAACCGGCGCAGAUCGACGAGGCUGGCAAGGUCCUGCAGCAACUGGCGCGCGACUGGCGGGAGCUCGUUGCGGGCAGCGAGGGAUUCUUGACGGAUGAGAAGAGACGGAGUCUGUUUCGACAUAAUGUGGUGUGGGGUGAAAUGGUGAGAUCCAAUGCGCUUGAUACCGAGCUUUGCCAUGUCAACAAUGUCACCUACGUGCGAUACGCCGAGUCCGCACGAGUGAAUUGGACACGCAACAUCGGCACCCACAUCGACCCAGCACACAAGAAAGAAUGGCUCAAUCUGGUCAAUUCCACCGGGAUCGGGCUCAUCCUGCGAAGCAUCAAGAUCGACUAUAAAUUUCCCAUGACCUCUCCAGACAAAAUCACCGUCUACCAGAAGCUGGUCCACGACCCCUCCUCGUCUCUGUCCUCGCAGUCUGCAUUCCAGCUCCAGGUGAUGAUCGUAUCAGAAGCGCGCCAACGGCCCGCUGCUCGUUGCCACGAGGAUAUCGUCACUUAUGAUUACAAGAAACUCCGCAAGACCCCGGAGCUUCCGCCGUUUGUCCUCGAGCAAUUCAAGCUAAUCUGGGAGCUCCAAGAGAAGGCCAAGGUGGAAUGGCAGCAGCGGAUUUCGGAUCUUGAGAAUCAGGUUCGGACUUUGGAGCUGGAAAGCUGGGACCGGCCAGAUGCGGUUGAAGAUACAGGCUCAGCAUCGCAGUGA